GCGCAUGCGUGGCUCCCGGAGCGUGCAGUGUGGCGAUCGGCGGUGUGCUGUGUCCCUCGGACACAGCUGAUCACCGAUCCACAGAAAGAGCCGAAGAUGUCAGCUCAGUCAUGUGAUCAGCUGUGUCCAAUCACAACUGAUCACAUCCCCAGCAGCGCCAUCUGUCAGUGUCCAUCAGUGCCAGCUCUCAGUGCUCAUCAAUGCCACCUGCCAGUGUCCAUCAGUGCCACAUCAGUGCCACAUUUCAGUGCCCAUCAGUGCUACAUCAAUGCCACAUGUCAGUGCCCAUCUGAGCUGCCUUUCAGUGUCACCGAUCAGUGCCAGUCAGUGCCACCUAUCAAUGCCAGUCAGUGCUGCCUAUCAGUGUGCAUCAGUGCUGCCUAUCAGUGC